AUGGCCGACGACGCCACCAAGAAUAUCGCCAAGCUCCAGCUUGACGAUGUCACGGGAGAGAUGGUAUCCAAAGCUGAGCUCAAGAAACGCCAGCAAAAGCGAGCUAAGAAAGCGGCUCAGGAGAAGGCUCGCCUGGAGAAAGCAGCAGCUGGGCCAGCUCAGAAAGCAGCCGUCCCCGUUGCGAAGCCAGAAGAAGUCCCUCUAGAUCCCGAGGCAAUGUUCAAGCAGGGUUUCCUGGACGAUGUCUAUAACGAGCGACCCGAAAAGAAAGUCGUAACUCGUUUCCCACCGGAGCCCAACGGCUAUCUUCAUAUUGGUCAUGCCAAGGCUAUUGCUGUUAACUUUGGUUUCGCCAAGUACCACGGCGGUGUUUGCUACCUGCGAUACGACGAUACCAACCCAGAGAAAGAGGAGGAGAAAUACUUUACCGCAAUCCAGGAAGUUGUCAAAUGGCUGGGCUUUGAACCGUACAAGAUUACAUACUCAAGUGAUAACUUUGACAAGCUCUAUCAGCUAGCAGAGAAGCUAAUCACCCUGGGCAAGGCUUACGUCUGUGCAUGCAACGAUACCGAGAUCAAGCUUCAGCGAGGAGGAGAGAAAGGAGCAUCCCCCAGGUACCGCUGCCAGCACGCCGAACAAGCCCCGGACGACAACCUAUCCAAGUUUCGAGACAUGCGUGAUGGAAAAUACAAACCCAAGGAAGUCUUUUUGCGCAUGAAGCAGGAUAUCACAGAUGGCAAUCCGCAGAUGUGGGAUUUGGCAGCGUAUCGUAUCAAAACGGACACUCCACAUCAUCGCACGGGCUGGGAUUGGAAAAUCUACCCUACUUAUGACUUCACGCACUGCCUGUGCGAUAGCUUCGAGGGCAUCACACACUCCCUUUGUACCACCGAGUUUAUCCUUAGUCGUGUUUCUUAUGAGUGGCUCAACAAAUCCCUCGAAGUUUACGAGCCCAUGCAGCGGGAGUAUGGACGUCUCAAUCUGACUGGCACAGUCUUGUCCAAGAGAAAGAUUCUCAAACUUGUUGAGGAAAAGAUUGUACGAGACUGGGAUGACCCAAGACUCUACACGCUUAUUGGUAUUCGGCGACGUGGUGUCCCACCUGGCGCUAUUCUCGACUUUGUAAACGAACUGGGCGUAACAACGAAUAUUACCACGAUACCUAUCCACAGAUUCGAACAAAUCAUUAGAAAAUACCUGGAAAAGACUGUUCCCAGGCUCAUGAUGGUCCUCGAUCCGGUGCGCCUAGUUAUCGAAGAUGCUGAGCCAGUGGACGUGGAGCUGCCAUUUUCACCAAAGGAUCCCAAGAUGGGGUCUCACACCAUUCGCUUCACACCUACCAUUUAUAUUGACAGAUCGGACUUCAGAGAAGAGGAUAGCAAGGACUACUUCCGUUUGGCUCCUGGAAAGACUGUUGGUUUACUCAAUGCCCCCUAUCCCGUCAAAGCAACCUCCUUCACAAAAGAUGACGCCACCGGAAGAGUGACGGAAAUCCGCGGCGUCUUUGACAAGGAAACCAAGAAGGCCAAGACAUAUAUCCAGUGGGUUGGCACCGAAGGCUCACGGAAGGUAGAGGCCCGAAUCCACAAUGCAUUGUUCAAGUCAGAAAAACCAGAUGAUGCGGAAGGUGGUUUCUUGAACGAUCUUAACCCAGAUAGCGAGGUCAUCUACCCCGACGCUAUCGUCGAGUCAGGAUUCGAUGAAGUCAAACGUCGGGCGCCAUGGCCUGAAGCUGCUGGCGAGAGUGAGCUCGGAAAAGGCGGCCCUGAGAGUGUGCGGUUCCAGGCAAUGCGUGUGGCGUACUUUGCCAUGGAUUCCGACAGUACCGAUGAUAAAAUUGUGUUGAAUCGUAUUGUGAGCUUGAAGGAAGACGCAGGAAAGAAAUCAUAA